CCUCCUCCUCCUCCUCCUCCUCCUCCUCAUCAGUGGACUGCUGGAUGGAGGAGGGAGCGGAGCGGAGUGCCACCCUCAGCCUGAAGGCCCGGGCUCCAGCAGAUGGUUUCGGUGUGGCUUUCUGCUUCUCAGGUGAAAGACACGGGGCAGGUGUGCGGCAGUGGGAGUGGUGCUGGGAAACGUGGGAAACUCCUUUCACAUUCGCAGUAAACAUCCCUGCUCAGCCGCUCCGGUCUCAGAGGAAGACCGAUGAUGAUCCUGCAACAGUGGUGGGUGAUUUUGGCUGCGGAAUUCCUCAUGACACGUGUCUCCAGCGAGUUUUCGCUUCAGAAGAGACGGUGCGUGUUCCACAUGAACACACAACAGAACAACAAAUAUAUGACCGCUGGCAGAGUGAGCGGGUCGCUGCAGGUCUGUGAGAACACACACUGCUGCGUGGGCUAUUUCCUGGUCAUCAGUGGGCAGCCGGUGGUCGACCUUCUGGCUUGUGACGUGGCUGAAAAGUCUUGCCCAGACGCGACCUGCAAGAGUCAAACACGGUUUGACAGCAGCUUCAUUAAAUGUGUUUGCAACACAGACCUCUGCAAUAGCAACGUCACUUGGACCCCGGACUCAGAACAGCCUCCACUCACCCAGUCUUAUGUCGAUGAACUCAUGAAAGUUGCUGUAAUUCUGAUUGGAACUGUGCUGAUCCUGUACCUCUUGAUCGCUGCUGCCAAAUGGAGAAACCUCAAAGACAAAAAGGAGAAUCUCCAAGCUCUUGAUUGUAGUAUCUCCCCACCGUGUUCCUGCCAAACAAGCAAAAACUCUGAGAUUGACAUAGCUGACAUUGAACUACAGCAGAUUUUGGGCCGUGGGUAUUUUGCUACUGUCUGGCAGGGGAAAUAUCAAGGAACCACAGUGGCUGUGAAAGUUUUCCCUGCAGGUUGGAGACAUCAUUUUACUGCAGAGAGGGAGGUUUAUGAGCUACCCCUGAUAAAACAUGCUGGGAUUCUCAGUUUCCUGGGCACUGGGACAAAACCGGAUGACAGCAGUUGGCUCAUUGUUCUUCAGAUUGCUGAAUAUGGCUCUCUUCAUUCCUUUCUGAGUAAUCACACCACCAACUGGAUGCUGUCACUGAAGUUGUGCCAGUCUUUAUCGCAGGGACUUUCCUAUCUCCACUCUGACCUUCACAGAUAUGAUGUGCACAAACCUUCUGUGGCCCACAGAGACCUGAGCAGCUCAAAUGUCCUGGUGAAAGCCGACGGCACCUGUGCCCUGUGUGAUUUUGGAUGCUCCACCAUCCUGCGUUCUUGCUCGGGACAUCCCAGCUGGCAGAGCCACACCACGAACAAGGAUUGUCGUCAGUUUGCCACACUACGCUACAUGGCCCCCGAGAUCCUGGAGGGCUCUGUUAACCUUGGCAGCAGAUGGUGUCUCAUGCAGGGGGACAUCUAUGCUCUGGGACUCCUGCUGUGGGAGAUCUUGAUGCGCUGCUCAGAUUUAUUUGACGACGGUGUUGUUCCACUGCAUCUGUUGCCUUACGAAUCUGAGCUGGGGGACAGUGUAACGCUGAAGAGCCUCGUCAUGUACGUGUUUGACAUGGACAAGAGACCCUCCGUACCUAAACACUGGGAACGGCUACCACAGGGAUCUGAGCUGCAGGAGCUCCUGUCAGAUUGUUGGGACUUCGACCCGGACGCCCGGCUGACAGCUCAGUGCGUCGUAGACAGACUGGUCUCUCUUCGGUCUUGUGUGUCUCCAUGAUUUUUUUUCCCCCUCAGAUUGACUUGCUUUAGUCUACAUAUCAAGCGUUUGCACUGUUCUCUUUGUGUCAAUACUUUUCAAUCAGGUUGAACUAUAUGGGUAAACCCAUUGACUUGAAUGCUUUAUUUCUGUUUGAUACUUACAACUUAAUAAUAAAUAUAUAUAAUGUAUAAUAAUAUAUAAUUAAUUUUAAUCCGGGUACAUUAUAGAAAAAUUUAAAAGCAUGUUCACUAUGUCAUAAUGCCAAUGAAUGUUUUUAAAAGGGAAAUGUUGUUCCUUAAAUCUCAGCCGUAGGUUAGUUUGUUUGUAUUGUGUGCCUUAUCUUAUGUUACUAUGGUAUAUCAUUUUGGUUUUGUAUUUAAAUAAUAACAAAUGAAGAAAUAGGCCUUUCUCACAGCGUACAUAUUUCUAUUUUGAUAGCAGAAAAACCGUUAGAGCUAAUAUUGUCAAUGACGGAUCAGUUACAUUAGCAUUGCAUCUGGUACAUUGAUUGGUUUGGUUAUGAACCUGAACUUAAAGUAAAUAUGAGUUAUCCUUGGCAGCUUAUUUGUUUGUUGUUUUGUUGUUAAGAUUAAAUAAUUAAAGCAAGAGAAAACGA